AUGGUAAGCGGUGAAGGAUCAUCUCUGGUGACAGAUAGCAUUAGCUCUGUCAGCGGAGAGCUUGAGGACAUUUCUGUACAAGAAGCGAUAGAUCAAAUUAAGACAUCGUCCUCAAGUUUGAAUGUAGAGAAGCUUUGGAAAGUGUUAGAAAGUGUAGUUACUAAAGGAAAUGGAUCACAAUUGAUUCAAAGUGGCAUUAUAGGGUUUCUUGUUGAAUCUUUACAAGUUGAGGAUAAAUCAUGGAACUUUGACCUUAAUAGUGCACUGGAGUCUGCUAGAUACACUCAUCCGUUGAGAGUAUUAUCCUCGCUCCAAGACGCUAGCGAAGAGCUAGUGUCUGCUGCUACGUUGCAUGUCAACCCUAAUCUCCCUUGGACCUCACAAGAAAAUUCCAAGUUAGCAUCUACUUAUAUAUCUCUAGUUCCACAGAUUAGUAUUCCUACAUACAUCCAAAAGUACCUAAUGCCUCACUUAUUGGCUGUCUCGAAAAGUAGCUUUCAUCCAAAGAUAUCUUCCACUUCAGGGUAUAAAAAAAGUGCCGGCGAGACCAAUUCCAAUUUAGGUGGUCUUAAGCCAGUUUUGGGGUUCUCGUCAACAUCCUCGGAGGAGGAAGAUCUAAGAAGAAAUUGGAAACAUUCAAAUAGGGUGGAUUCCUUAUCCAUGGUCUGGUAUUUGAUUGAGCGGAUCGAUUCUCUGGACUCCGAGUACUGGCCAUUGAUAACUUCCUUUAUCCUAAAUGUCAUUGAGGAUCAUGAACCUCUUUUUAAGACUAGAGGGUGCCAGCUUUUGCAUUUACUAGUGAAUCAGCAGGCAUCACAUCUGUUCCUUACUAGAAGUGGGCUUAUUGACCUUUUCAUCGAGUCAACUAAAGUGUCCCUUUCCUACUUGCCCAAUUUGACUCCUGAACCUAUAUCUGUCUACCUCCUUUCUGAGGCGUACCCAUCCAUUACGAAACUCCUUUCAAUUAAGGCACAAGCGAAGUCAACUUCCCUUGAUUCUGCAAAUUUAUUAUUCGUCUCCCUAGUGAACGAGAAUAUUCUACAAUCCAUACAACAUAUAAGUGGAUCUUCUUCACACAAGUUGACAAACUUAUUACUCAGCAACAUAAUCCAGGUAGUGAAGUAUCACCUUGGUGCAAAUGUUAUUAUAUGCCUUUCAAGAAUAUUGUUUUCUGUAAAUCAGAUUAUAGUUAACCCACUGACUUUGGAAACGGCAGAUAUCUCGAUUGGACUUACGUCAAUCAAAUUAGGGUUACUAAUACAUAAAUGUAUAAUAGAAUUAUUUGCAGAAGAGGAUCAUGAAGGAAAGCUUGCACUAUUGCAGUAUAAAUAUGACUUCUUAGGUGCAUGGUCGGUUUUAUACUUGAGACUAACUAAAUAUAUCAAAGAUCUGGAAGAGAAAUCACACAUAUUGAGUACAACAAAGAAUAAUGUUAGCAUAUUGAAAGAGAUAUCAGCUAGUGCCGGAGAGAUAGAAGCCUUCCAAAGCGACCUUGAUAAGAUGACUGCGACGAAUCGAGAACUAUUGGGACUCUUUCUGCCUGCUGCAAUAGACUAA